AUGUCUGGCUGUGGAUGCGCUUCUUCUGGCUCUUGCGGCUGCGGCUCUAGCUGCACCUGCGCCGGCUGCCCUACGGGAACCCUGAUGGAUGAGACAUGGGGAAUGGGAACUCGGAUGGUGGUUAACGAUGGAUCCACUCAUUACUUCUUGUCGGCACUAGAGUGCAAGUCUCAGAACUAA